AUGACGUCCAAAUUACCUGUGAAUACCUAUGCAGACCCUGAAUAUGACCGUGCGCACCAAAAAACGUUCGCCCCCCCAAAAAUUGCGCCUAUCAAAUCGGUGCUACCGCCAAAUGUUACCCGAGCCGACUUCGAGACAGCGUUGCGUGAUCUCAUCGCCAUAGUCGGUCGGACCCAAGUGUUCAUCGGGGACGCACUGGCGCACUAUAUCGAUCCGUACGAGCUUUAUGAAAAUGACGAGUCGAAGCGCAAGAUGCCCAGCGCUGCUGUCUGCCCUGAAUCGACCGGAGAGCUCAGUCAAGUGCUUCAAGUGGCCAAGAAGUUCAACAUCCCGUUGUGGACAUUCUCAAGGGGGAAGAACCUCGGUUACGGAGGUCCAGCACCUCGCUUGAACGGCUCUGUCGCUCUUGAUCUACAUCGUAUGAAUCGUGUCCUUGAGGUGAACGACGAGCAGGGUUAUGCUGUGGUAGAACCUGGUGUCACCUUUCAGGACCUCUACAACUAUUGUAUCGAACAUGGGAAAAAAGUCUGGCCAAGCAUUCCAUCUCUCGGCUGGGGAAGUAUCAUCGGCAAUACCUUAGACCGGGGCGUUGGCUAUGGAGCCUAUGCGAAUCACCACCAAUAUACAGCUGGUCUCGAAGUCAUGCUUGGAGAUGGUGACCUGGUACGUACAGGGCAGUGGGGUAUCACAAAUUCGCCAACGGCGUUCGUAUCCAAGUUCUCAUACGGUCCAUCUGUCGAAGGUUUAUUUCUGCAAAGCAACCUUGGUGUGGUUACAAAGCUCAGCAUGUGGGUUGCGCCCCGACCACCUGCCUUUAUGUCAUGUUCAUUCAGUGUGCCUGAGGACGAAGACAUAGAGGUGUUGGUGGAUGCACUGGCAGAGAUGCGACGAACCUCCCUGAUUCCAAACAUGAUUUGGGUUCAAAACUUCGGAGAGAUACUAUGUAUUCGUGGUAAGCGGAAUACGUUCUGGAAAGGCGAAGGUGCCAUCCCGAAGUGGCGCCUGAAGGAGCUGCAGAGGGAGCUCAAAGUGGGCUCUUGGGUCGCCCGCUGGGGUCUUUAUGGUCCGGAACGGGUUCUCAGUGCACAGUUAGCCGAAAUUAAAGAACAGCUCUCUCGAAAAGCACCCACAGGCACCAUGGAAGGCUUCCUGUACACGGAAGAAAAUGGAAAGCCUCUAGACGCGAAGUCUAUCCCCCCGGAGCAUGGCCUUAUGCUGGCGGGAGUUCCGUCCUUGUUCAGCCUGCCUCUCAUGGACUGGCCUCUUGGAGAAUCGGGGAAAGCAGCUCACGGUGACUACGCUCCUGUUCUCCCUUCUACAGGCAAACAUAUCCAGGGAUGGGUACGUGCUUGUCAAGACAUCUAUGCCGCCGCUGAUCUCGACUUCAUGGUGGAUUUUUUCAUGCACGAACGUCAUUCAGUUUGCACGAGCAUGUAUGCAUACGACCAAUUGAGUUCCGAGCAGUGCAAGAACGUGGAAAAGGCCUACAAUGAGAUGCAUAAAGUCGCGAAAGACAAGGGAUACGGCAUGUACCGUGGUCAUGUCAAUCACAUGGAUGAGAUUGCAGAUCUCAACGAGUUCAACAAUCACGCAUACAACAGAUUUGUCGAAAAGAUUAAGGAUGCUGUUGACCCAGAUGGCAUACUUUCUCCUGGGAAACAAGGGAUCUGGCCGAAGAAAUACAGACAGUUUCGCGAGGUUUCAGAAUCUUCCCGUUCAACUCGCGGCAAAUUGUAA